AUGAUCAAACACAGCGCUUCAAUUAUCUCCUUGAUAUACCUUAUCCUCUUUCUUGGCGAGGUGAAUUCAUUCCAAACUGCCACCACUAGCACGGGACACCUCCCCACGACGACAACAUUGUUCCUCUCGGAAACAACAAAUAAUGCAGUCGAGGAACAAACGGACCUUCGUUCUGCCACGGCGGCCAAGUUCAAAGUAUUGACUUGCACUUCCACAGCGUGUUCCAAGAGAAGAAAAACGUUUGGAAUGGAUGACUUGGCAACCUUUGGCGCUUUCUACAGUAGAGCCAAAAAGUCGUUUCCCGAAACCAUGCAAGUCGAAGAGGCUCCCUGUUUGGGAUCCUGCAAAUUUGGACCCUGUGUGGGAGUCGAACAUGAAGACUAUUACGGUACUGUAGCUCUGGAAGGAAUGACGCAGGACGAAUUUGGAGCUUCUUGCUUCCACAAUAUCAUAACAGAGGAGGACGCAGAUCGAGUCUGGGCGUGUGUGGAGAAUGCUGUAGAAGUCAUGAUGGAAGCAGAAGAUGAUGAUGAAGAGUAG